AUGUGGGAGUUAGAAGAAGAAAAUGAAGAGUUGCAAAAGAAGUUAGAAGAAGAAAAAGAAAAAGGAAAAGCAAGAGAAAGAUGGUUUAGAAAUAAAUUAGAAGAAGAAGGAAAAAGAUAUGAUAUAUUAGAUUCAGUUCAACUUAUUUUCUUGAGAUUCAGAGGUUUGAAAUCUUUCAUUCUAACAGUUGUCGCAAAACUUUUUGGAUCAUUGGGGCCUAGUUUAUGCAUGUAUAGAGGUGCCGAGUAG